UAAAAAGAGUCCUUUAAGUGUUGAAGGGAAAAACCCCAAUUUGAGAGAUGAAGUGAAAUUAUACCUGAUAGAGAUUUCAAGUUUAGAAGGCUCGAAGGAGCAUAAAAAAACAUUGGUCAAAACCCUAAAAAUAAACCGGAAUUUUGACUCUCUUUUUUUACAUAUUGUUGGCUGAAUUAGAAGAACAAGUAUCUUGCUUUGCAAUGCUGAGGGCCAUUUUUUUUAUUUUUUAAUCACCUUUUUUCCAUUGAUGUAAUUUCUUGAAAAUAAUUGUUACUUUUCUCUUCUGUUUUAAGAGAAGUCUCAGCAAAUUGGGCUUGUUUUCCUUAAGAAAAUCAGAUAGGAGCAGAGAUUUUGAAAUAUCAAAAUUGAGAUUGGAGUGUUCUGAGUUCAGCUAUAGAUAGAUAAAUAUAAAACAGCUUCUUGCUCUCUCUGUAGCAAAAUGAUGAUGUCAAUUAGAUCAAAGGAAGUAUCAGAAGUUCAAUAUCAUUCCACUGAUUUUGCGUUAAAGGCAAGAUUCCUAUUUUCUAAAUGAUAAUACGGAUCGACAAUACGAUUAACGAAGAGAUGACUCAUACAAAAAUGUAACUAACACAGAGUGUUUUCUAUCAGAUUCUUCUUGAGAAUCAAUUAACCUCACAAAUGAUACAACUUGGAGUUUUAAUAAAAGUAGAAGGUUAUGACAGCUGGAAAAGUUGUCAGCUGAUACUUGUUUAACCUGGCAAAAUGGUGGUAUUGAAAAGUGGACGAACAUGCUCACCGAUGCAAAUUAUCAAAAAAUAACUAAGCGUCAAUUUUAACAGAAAAAGAUAACCAUUUGCUUGACAAAAUAGACUAUAUCCAUCACUUCAUUUGUUUUUAAGAAAAUAACACCAAUGUAGAGCAGAAAUAAAACAUUUCAAGUGUCCUACAAUUUUCUAUCAUUUUAAGGCUGAAAAAUGUACUUCAACAACAACUUCAUUUUCCAUUUUUUAUUCUUUCGAUACUUUUUGCCACGCACAUCUCUGCUUUGAAUAAUAGCAGCUUGUUGUUGAGGACGUCAAAAUAUACAUAUUAUACUCUGCCCCCACCAAACAACGUCCAUUUCCCAAAGAGGGUAUACCUACCAUCAAGAUCACUUUUUAAAAAUCUUACAGAAGAGCAUGAAAAAUACAGCCGCUACCUCAACACAAUAGAUUUGUUCAAUUCUUCGUCUACAACAAACAAGGGACAAGCGAUGCGUUCUCAGACUCCGGGUUCCAAAGUAUUUACAGACUCCUCUGGAAAUUGGAGAGCAAACAUUCAAACUAGAUUGAAUCAAAUUAAGCUGCCAAAUUUUCAGGCUGAAACUUCAAACAGUUACAAACCUCAAACAAUGUUACGUCAAACUGCAAAUGGACUGAGCUAUUCGACUGGUAAAGAACGACCACUGGUGGCAUUAAAUGUACCGAGAGGCACUUACAUAGAGCGAGAAAUCGAUAAACUUAGACAGAGUAAAGGAUCAGGUAAAAAAAGUUUAAGUUCUGGCUCUCAAGGAAGAGAAAAUAUUUUAAAGUACAAAGUGACAGUUUCAAUACCACAGCUGCCUGAGUCGGAGGACAAAAAUUCGUCCGAUCGUUUGAGAGUGAUUUUGAGUAUUGCUGAUGGCAGAACAACUCAUGAGCAUUUGGCAACAACAAAUACAAGCCUCAAAACACAGCAAAGUAAAGAUUCUAAAACAACUGAGACACCAGUUUCAAGAUUGAGUAAUAACUUGCAAGAAAAUACUACCAUCUGGGUGACGAAUGAAAACCGUUUCAAUUUAGCGCCAGAAAAGUCUCAAAAGGAGAAAAAAUUCUGGCUUAAACCCAAGUAUGAGUUAUAUGGUACCGGUAAAGAAAACGAAUUAAAUAACACCGCUACAAAUUAUAAGAAAUCUGUCGACAGCAAUUUCAGAGCCAAUAAGAAUUCCCCUCUCAAGGCAACAGGGAUAGAUUUCUUAAAAGACAGUCCAAGAGAUUCAGAGAAAAAUCAUAGAGACCAAAUGGUAGCAGUAUCUGUGAAUUCUCAGAGAAAUUCAACACCACAGGGAGAUGUUCCUGUCAAUACAAACUUGAAUACAUCAAAGAAACCAAUUAUUAAACAGGCCAAACAGGAAUCUCAAAAGCAGGAAAGAGUGUCUGGGUACAGUCCUAAUUUCUCGCUCAAAAUGCCAAAUUUAAAACCUCAGCUAAAUGGCUUGAAUAAAAAAGAAAAAAGAAUAAAGAUCGUCAAUAAUGCAUUUCCAGUGAUUAUUACUAUAAAAAAUGCUAGCAACGAUAAGUUUACAGGCCGCUUGGGCAAUAAAUCCAAGUACAAGGAUGAAAAAGAUCAAAUCUUCAGUGUUCCAGUGUCUGUGAUAGUGGAUGGAGUGCCACUGAGUGACAUGUUGAAAAGCGAGAGGCUUUCCAAAUAUCACUCUGAGAAUCGUUCCUUGCCCAAAAUGAAUGAGAAGUCGGUUGAGCAUUGGAAUUCGACGAUUGAAAACUUAGAGACUGUCUCCGACAUGUUCAAUGAAAACUUCACAAAUCCUUGUAGUAUCGUAUGCAAUUCUGACACUUGUUCCAUCAUGCCCUGUUUAAGGGUGCUACAACUUAUGCCACAGGUCUAUAAUUCCUUGUUUCAAAAUGAGCCGGGCAAAACAGAUGGUCCUAAAUCACAACGGAAUUCCGGUCAGAAAGUCUCGAAUGAUGGAAAUUCUACACUCUCUACCUCAACUAAAAAUGCGCAGAUUGUUAAAAAACCAAAGGUCAAUUCUGCUUCAGAAUCAGGUGAAUUUAUUUCAGAAAGUAUUGCUCUCAAAUCUAAGGCCAGGUAUAAAGAGAUGCCCGACACCAAAAAACACAUAAAACUGGUUCAAGCAAAGGAAGCUGGUACUAAUUUAAAUAGAUUAAACACGGAGGAUGAUAUUUCAAAAUCUCAAGCAAGAUGCAUAGGGUCACCUGCCUUGAAGAAAACUGUGCAACUAGUCAAAACGCCGGUAGCCUGCAAUGCUACGGAACCAGAUGAAUUAAUUCCGGCAAGAAAAUUUUUAAAGACUGAAACUAGAUGUAAGGAAAACUUUAUUCCCAAGAGGAUCAUGGAUAAUCAAACAGGAAUCCAACCAACAGGACUAAAUACUACUGACACGAGUCUGAUGUAUGAACCAGUUUCGAUACAUCUUCCCUUGGGCAAUGAACUUCUGACAAGCUCACGGCAAAAUAUCUACCAACCAGCGCAGAAGCAAUUAAAGUAUGAGAUUUCAAGUGCAAAAACAAGUCCAUUUGAUACCCACACAAGCAGCUUGAACGCAACUCUUUUUCCACUGCAACAGCCUGCCAAUAAUAAUUUCCCUAAGGUUGAACUUGCGAUACAAAACACUCUUAGUGAUGGGUCAAACUUGAAACAAAAGGUUCAAAAAGACAUGCCCUUUAAUAACUUGCAGAGCCAGAAUGAGUUCAAUGAUGGGACGAAACUCUCCUCUGGUUCAUACUCUUUGGACUUACAGCCUGAUGAUUACAUUGAAGAUUUUGACGAUGAUGUAACAGGACCAGAGAGUUCAUCAAUAGCGACCGAUAUUGCUUCAACUUUUUACCCUCCAGUCUGGUUUAAUUCAACUGAUAGGAAUUAUAAUCCUUUGAUGGCGAAUAAUCUUAAUGAUGAAGACUCAUCACAAACUUUGCCCGUAAAAAAUUUGUUGAGAUAUUCACCAUUAGACACAAUUCAAAAUAACGGUGUCUGCGCGCAAAAGGCCUCGUUUUUAUUUCAAAAUAAUGUUCCUUUUUCCGAUCGUUUGCCUUUGAAUGCAAGGCUGCAGAAUAUCCAAGAUAAAGAUCCUCUGUUUCUAGGAUUGAAAGAUUCUCAAGGCUCAUAUUCCCCCUUGCCGGUUCGAACAAAUGAACAAUUACCUUUGAAGUUAGACGUUAGUAAUACUGACAAGGAAGAUAUUAGUAGGAAUGGCUCUUUACUAGUUAAGAACAAAAUGUUUGUGACACCGAUCGCACCAAGUCCUGAUCAGUUGAAGAGACAAAAAGUAAAAGUGGAGAAUGAUGUUUCUGAGCUUAUACUCUGGAUGCCAGAAAAUAUACCAAAAAUUAAUUUUGUGUUCAAACAAAAAAAUCAAAAGUCAGAUAGUGAACCAAAAAGUUUAAGACGUACUGCCAGAAGUUCUGAGCAUUAUCUUGACACUCUGAAUUUAUGUAAUUCAAAACAAAAAAUGCGGCCGAGAGAUCAAGAUGAUUCACUGCAAGAAGGGGCAUUACUGAAUAAUGACGGAAAAAAUCAGAGAAAUGUUGUUUUCUUGACGAAUACACAAAAACCAGUUGAAGCCAAGACAUUUCCUGACGAGGGUAAGGAACUGAUGGAUUUAACUAGUUCUUUAUCCAACGAAGCUUCAAAUGAUGAUGCUCAGGAAGUACCUCAUUCACAUCAUUCUUCUUUGCAGCAUUCAACUUUUCUUAAAAACGACACAAAAAGUCAUAAAAUACAUAGAAAAAAACUCCAUCGGCACCAUCGAAAAUUGAAAAAGAAGGAUAUGAACCAAACUGAUGAACCACAAAAGAAGACUUUAAGUCAGAGAGGUGAACACAUUAUGCGAUCACAUGGGUGGAAAGAUGUGUCGUCCUCCUCAAAGAAUGAUGCGCUCAAGACUUUGCCCAUAGAUCUCAAAGAGGAUUCUUCAAAACUCAAAACAGAGGAUAAGAACAAAACUCAUAGACAUCACAAAAAGCACAGAAAAAAGCACUUGAAGAACCAUUUGAGCAUUCUGCAUAUUAAAUCAAAAAAUGAAUCGGUUCCUGAUAAUAAGAAUGAAAACACAGUGACAAAUAUUCGACCCAAUGUGAUCUCUGAACUGACAGAAAAGAACGUAUCAAAAGGAAGAAUGCUAAUACAAUACUUGAAGCAUCUGAAAUCUCCGUUGAGUAGCGGAAAAAAAGCUCAGCAUGCUGGAGAAAGAAUUGAAACCUCUACCGCAAGGCAACAGACUACCUUGAUCCACAAUGAAAUCGCUACAAAAAAUAAUUUGAACGAACUCAAUAGAACAAUGUCGACAGCUAGGUUUCGAGAAAACACUACAUUUCUGUUCGAUGAGGAUGAAAUUAUGAACGUGAAUGACAAUGCCUUCAUUGAAAAUGAUAUUAAAUCAAAGUUAAGGAGUAAAACAAAAAAUAAAAAUUUGUUGCACUUGCCUGUGGAGAGUAGCAACAUAGAAAUAGGAAUGAAAGAUACAUCUAAAAAACCUAUCCGCUCAUUCUUAGAAGAUAGGUUUCAAAAAAUAGAUGAGGAUUUGACUCCAGAUUCCGAUAAAAAAAGCGGCAACAAUGAAAGAUCCGAUUUGGAGAACCUAAAAACAAGCCAAUUUACCCAUAAUCUGACAGAGGAAAAUAAUUUUUUUGGAAGAGCUGGGUCUUCAUCGGCAAACAUAACAGACGACAGAUCUGAGGAGAGAGGGAUGCCUCAGAUUAGUCUUGACGCAGGCACAAACUCUACACAAGCUUCAAGCACAGACAAAGGCAAUUUGGAAUCAAAAUCUGGAACUUCUCAACAACUCAUGGGGUUUAUGGAAGGCAGUCCGGAAGGUAAUACAUUUCAACUUAACAUUAAAACCAACCAGACAUUCAAUAAUCUGAAAGAGGGGAGUGAUGCAAAUGUUAUCGAGAGUUCUUUCAAGAAAAAGGAUACACAAGGGUUUGCUUCAAAAAGUAUCAAAGGUGGCAGCACUAAUAGGGAUAAAACUCGGGAGCAGGGAAUGGAAUCCGUGAAUCACAAUGCGACACAUGCUCCUAGAAGUUCAACACAGUUGGUCACGAAAGUUAGGAGUAAAAAUUUCUCGGAUAAUUUUCCAACAGAAUCCACUGGUAAUGGUGCUACAAAUGCGGUAAGCAAAAAACACCUAGAGAUAAAUUCUAAUAUAAAUGUGAAACCAACCAAAAAUAAUAUUUUUUCACGCCUGAAUUUCUUCAAAAGUUUACUUGACUUGAAGGGAAAUAAGAAAAGUGUUAAAAAUAAAAACUACACAUCAAAAACAGACCAGAACGGACGGAAAAACAUGUGUGUGCAUAUCCACAGUUCGUCUCCUCUGCAGCUUGAUAACACCAAAGUUUAUCACGCAAUUAAAGUUCCUAGUGCUAUAAUUACACCAUACAUAGCUGAGGCUCUAUCUAGCGAGCAGAAGAAAAAGAUGCUAGCUCACAGCGGUCAUGAAGAAAUCCUGCGUUUAACUCAAAGUAACAAUGAAAAUGCUGCAGGACAAGCAGAUGAGAAGACAAUACAGACAAUUGAAGACAAAAAUUCUAAGGAAACGAUAGACCGGGGGCAGAAACUGAAAGACCGCCAGGUGGAGAGUGAUUCUGAGCCAUGGGUACAUGAGAAAAAAGAGAGAGUAGUUCAAAAUAAUUUAAUGGGUUCAGGAAACUUCAUCGACGCAAAAAUAUAUCCAUUCCUCCCAGUCAAAGUGCCUGAUCUCUAUACGAUGAAGCUUGCUAAAGGCAACAGUGAGAAUGAGCGAGUUUCGAUAAUACCACUUGACAUGGACGAACAAACCUUAGCACAAGAAAAAAAUUUUCAGCCUACAGAGAUAAGUAAGUUUACUUAUAAAAACUAUAAUACACCCUUUGACGCUGCAACAGAUACUUACACAUACCCUGAACUAAACAUAGAAAAAGAGGAUUCCAGUUUGAAGAUGUCCAAAGGGCACUUUUCUGAUCAGCUGAAAAAUUAUAACCGGCAAAUGGCUGAAAAACUGAGUCAAUUGGGACUGGCUGAGUCGAUGACUGUUCAAAGCAUCCUCGGUAAAAAAGAGGAACAAUCGGCAACACUGUCUGCUGCUGGAGUGAGUGCUCUCAAACAAUACAUCACCCACUUGAAUGAGGAAAGGAACAAGGGUUACAUACAACAAUUGAUCAAAUCUAAUAAAGAGCUAAGUCUAGAGAAAUCACUCGGUGAUCUUUGGCGACCAAAAUCUAAAAAAAAAUUUGCAUCAGCACACCGCCAAUUGGAAGAGGUACUGAGGAAAAGUGAAAAAGAAAAAGACAGCUGGAAGGAUUUAAAAAAGGUUUACUUGGAGAAUCUUCAGAGCCAACUAUCUGGUGGCACAACUUUCGCUCCCAUUAAUCCAUCCAGCUUCGAAAAGUUUUCAUUGAUGGGAGCCGUGGACAGAAUACUUAACGCUGAAACAGAAAGUCCACAUAUUCAUACCACUUCACCGGAGUGGAAGAGCAGCAGUGCUCGAACUAGCACAACACCCACAUUUUUAUUAAACAAAGUUACUACUGUUCCCAACCUGAAAACGCCAGAUUCUAGGUGCAACCGAUUUUCAAACACAGACACUUCGAACUUCCUGCUCCCUGAGAUCAAGCUCCCAGCGCACGAGAACUUUUCAACAAAUAAUGCCACCUCUCCGAGCAAAGAGUCUGAUGAAUCAACUGUAAACCCUCUCUCAAUGUUGGAAAUGCUGCUUCGUGAAACCACUGCCAAAAAGCCACUGCUGCAGACUGACGAUAGGUUCACACAACUGAGUGAAGGUACCACUCAGGGCUCAAUAUUAUUCAGCCAACAAUCAUUCGUUAAUAUUUCUAAACUUUUGGCGGAUAUACAGAGGACAGCUGGUAAACCUAAUACAGAGAGCGAGAGAAAGACCAAACUUCCACUACCACCUGAUUUUCUCACAAAACAGGGAACAGAAGGGUCCAAAGUCAAGGAAACGAUUUCUCAUCCCAAAACCAAAGGAAAGACUGAUGCAACAAAAACGACUUUGGGCACAGAGGGAACAGCUAAAGGGAUAGUUGAGCCAGAAUCUUCAUCCCCAAGAAUUCUAUCGGCGCCUGAUUUUAAAAGUUCAAUUGAAGGUAGAUUGUACGGAAUGGCUAAUGUGACAUCAAUUUUUGAUAAAUUAAGGCAGUUAAGAAUGAACGGUACUCACAAUGAUAAGUCAGAGACAUUAGACCAAAAUUCUGGGAUGAAGCAACUUGGCAAGACGCAAGAUACACAGACAAAACCUGAAAAUAAAGAAAAGCAUGUUGAAAAUUCAGCCUCAGUGGAGACACCCUAUCUGAGUGACGAAAAUAUGUUAAAAAAAGUAAAGUCUUUACUUAAAGACUUCUCAGACAUGAAACAAACAGCCAGUUCCAAAUGUGAUGAAAACUCAACCGAAUUUAAGCACAUGGAAGCGACUGAAUUACCUCUGAUGAAGAGUGAUGAGAUGCAUGAUCGCUUGAUGAGGAAUAAGUCAUUUACGACAGAUUCUCACAGAAUUAAUGAGCAGGGAAAAGCUACAGCCAAUGCUUUUGAGACAUCAAUCUUCGAAGGAACUGACAGUAGCUGCAAUAAGGCUUUUACAAUUACACCAAGAAAACAGACAAGAUUCACUGCUGCAACUACAGAGGAAUCUGGGUCAAUUUUAACCACAAAAAAAGUUGAUGGUUUCCAUGACCAUACAGAUGGCAAACAUUCAAACCAGAAGGACUGUGAGACGUCAAGUAUGAACACAGUCCCAAAAAUCGACAGUCUAAAGGGCAAACAAAUCAUUCAAACUGACGUAACAGCUGGUUCCAUAAAGAGUAAAGAGGCAUGGGUAGAGACAGAGAAAUCAGUGACAGUAAUUGUGACAACGGAAGGUGCACCCUCAACAAGUGCAAGUACAGAUAAAGUUCAACACGGUACUCAGAUCACGCAUGAGUUCAAAUUUUCUCCCUCGUCGACGUUGUUUCCCUCAAAAAUUAAAGCUAUGACAAAAAACGCAAAUCUCACAAAUGAGUACCAAGUGGUGACGAUACUUGAGGAGAAAAAAUCUGACGUCAAAAAUCAGAAGGUGCACAACAAUUCUGAAACUACUAUUUCCGUCUCGGACAGAAACCUGCAAUUUCGGGUAACUUCAAACAUUUUUAACAGUACAUCGAGCACAUCAAACCCUGAGAACAGUACUGCAAAUCUUGAUCACCACACAUCACCGAUUUCAGGGGAAACAAAAAGAGAGAAAAUUAUUCCAACGAAAACAUUCCAUGCAGAACCCACAGAGGGCAAUUCAAUGGCUAAAAAGGUCCUAAACAAAUCGGAAUUUGGAAAUCUGACUAGAAAAACUGUGAGCAAUCGAAAAAUCUCCUCUGUCAACCCUACCUCAUUCAGAAACACAAAAAAUAAUGCCAAUAAUCCAUUAACAGUGUUUAGAGGUGUUUACAAAACAACUGACGAAUUUGGAAGUUCGACAAUGAAAGCAGGAUUGUCUAAGAAAUUGGUAACAGUUACGACAAGAGUACGUCAAACCUCUCCAGGCACAAAGAUAAAAUUGUCUACCGUUGAAUACAAUUUAGGCAAAAUUAAUGUGACCAUAGAUGAAAAUGAAAAAAGAAAAAACUGUGAUCAAGGCGGCACUUUCACCCCUCACUUCAAAUUUAUCACAAUGAUGGGCAAAGGAGAUUACACUGAAAUGAACACACAACAUUUAACUCUCGACAGAGAUCAAAGAAUUAAAGCAACAGAAUCUACUUUACCAUCCUCCAAAACGCAAUGUGUUGCCACAGAAAUUAAAAAUACAACUGCCGAAACUGACUCAUGCAGUGCAAAUAAAACCGAAUUAAAAGAUCUAACAACUUUGGCUAGGAAAUUAAAUGGUACUGAAAUACCUUGGAAGGAAAAAAAGAUCCAACGUCUAGUAAAACACACAGAGAACAGGCCUACGGGACCUAGUCCACUACAGCAAAUGAGCUCCACAACAGUUGGCGAUGCCGCAAGCAAAAUUACAAUGUCAGCAAUAGAAAAUGAAAUGCAUAAAUCAACUAUCAAUCUUGUGUCUGCAUCUUGCGAUUGUAAGUCAGCUACAGAAAUGCCUCAGGAAACUCAGAUACAAGAGGACUGCUGA